AUUGGUCACAUAAAUCGCUGACAUAACAAAGAAAUCGGGUUGAAGUAAAUACAAAAUAUAUCGAGGAACAUCGUCGUUAUUCCCACAAUUCAUUGGAUUUAUUUGACGAAAUUGUGUAGAUUACUUCCAUUUUAUUUAUUUCCCGUGCUAGUUUUUGGUGAGAAAUCAAAAUGUUUGAGGCAAGACUGGUUCAAGGUUCUUUGUGGAAGAAAAUAUGUGAUGCUGUUAAAGAUUUGCUGCAGGAAGCAAAAUGGGACUGCAAUGCAAGUGGUAUUACUUUACAGGCAAUGGACAGUUCCCAUGUGAGUUUAGUGUCGCUAAAUUUAAGAAGUGAAGGAUUUGACACAUACAGAUGUGACAGAAAUCUAUCGAUGGGAAUCAAUUUGGGGAGCAUGGCCAAAAUCAUCAGGUGCGCAGGAAACGAUGAUGUGAUAACUUUAAAAACUGGGGAUGAUGCGGAUACAAUAACAUUUGUCUUCGAAUCCCCAAAUAAUGAAAAGGUCUCCGACUACGAGAUUCGUCUAUUGGACUUGGAUACAGAGCAUCUGGGUAUUCCUGAAACAGAAUAUAGCUGUGUGGUGAAAAUGCCAGCUGCAGAGUUUCAGAGGAUCUGCCGAGAUCUGAGCCAGAUUGGGGAGUCUGUGGUCAUUUGCUGUACUAAAGAAGGCGUCAAGUUCUCUGCAACUGGUGAUCUUGGCACUGGCAACAUCAAGCUUGCCCAGAAUUCAAGUUCUGACAAGGAGGAAGAUGCUGUUAUCAUUGAGAUGUCCCAAGCUGUAACCCUGACCUUUGCACUCCGAUACCUAAACUAUUUCACCAAGGCCACACCAAUCUCCGGUCAGGUGACAUUGUCCAUGUCUGCAGAUGUACCCCUCGUUACGGAGUACAAGAUUGCUGACAUGGGUUACCUGCGCUUCUACCUGGCACCAAAAAUGGAGGAUACUGAUGACUGAACGCCUGACCAUUGUAACUGUGAUUGUUGAAAAACGGAAAAAUAAUGACUUAUGGAAAGUGAUCUUGAGGCAAAAUUCAGACUUGUAGUAAUUUUGCUGCAUGAACAAAAUUGGAGCUACAUUAUCACAAAUUUAAGUGCUGAUUUUCUUGUGCUUGUAAUCAUGCAUCAAUAACAUUUUAGAAUCCUGUAGUAUGCCAUAAAUGUUUAUGAAUUAUGUAUUGAUUAAUAAAUUAUAACAAUUUAAA